AUGGAUAACGUCGGCAAAGGUGCCGAUGAUGGCGAGGGCGAGUCAGCGUCGCCGGUGGUGCUCAUUACUGGGUGUGGCGAGGGCAGCAUCGGCUACGAGUACUGCCGUGCCUUCGCCGCUCUCGGCUGCCGCGUCGUAGCAACCGACGUCCCCGACCGCGUCGCGGGCCUCGCCGACUUCGCCGUCGACCGCCUCCCGCUCGACGUCACCUCGGACGCUAGCGUCGACGAGACCGUGUCCCGCGUGAUGAAGGACCACGGACGCAUAGACGUGCUGGUCAACAACGCCGGGGUCGGCUGCAUGGGCCCGCUGGCCGAGCUCGGCGGCGGCGAGGCCGUGCGCCGCGCAUUUGACGUGAACCUCCUCGGCCAGCUCCGGCUCGUGCGCGCCGUGGCGCCGGGCAUGGUGUCGCGCCGCUCCGGCCGCGUGGUGAACGUGGGGAGCGUGGUUGGCACGGCCGCCACGCCGUGGGCGGGCGGCUACUGCGCGACCAAGGCUGCCGUGCACGCCGCCACCGACGCGCUGAGGGUGGAGCUCCGGCCGUUCGGGGUGCACGUCGUGAAGUUGGUCCCCGGGGCCGUGCGUUCCGGGCUGGGCAACGCCAACUCCGCGCAGAUCGCCGGCUCUGGAGGAGACGGGGCGAAGCGGGACUGGGGGAUGUACCGAGGUUUCGCGGCUGCGAUCGAGGAGCGGGCGCGGGCGUCGCAGGGUCCGAGCGCGACGGAGAGGGCGGUUUUCGCGAGGCACGUCGCGGCGAGGGUGAUGCAGGCCCGGCCGCCGCGGGAGAUCGUUUACGGGGGAAUGACGGUGCUGUUCGCCGUCCUCGCCGCCUCGCCGGCGUGGGCGCGCGACGCCUUCUUUGCCAGACGGUUUGGGCUUCACACACUACAAGAAAAGUUCUGA